UUAUAUGAAAAUUGCCUCUCUCUCUCUCUCUCUCUCUCUCUCUCUCUCUGAUUUAUUUAAGAACCAGGCAGUGAGGCCUUGUGUACAGAGUAUAGAGAGAAAUGGGUUCCAAAGCUCUCUUCUUCUUUGCCGUCUUUGGCUUGUCACUGGUGCUGUCUCUCAGGCCUGCUUUUGCAGAGAGUGAGGAAGUUGACCCAGGACUUGUUAUGAACUUCUACAAGGACUCAUGCCCUCAAGCUGAAGACAUCAUCAAAGAGCAAGUCCGGCUUCUCUACAAGCGCCACAAGAACACUGCAUUCUCAUGGCUCAGGAACAUCUUCCAUGAUUGUGGUGUUCAGUCAUGUGAUGCUUCGCUACUGCUGGACUCAACAAGGAGGACCUUGUCUGAGAAGGAGACUGACAGGAGUUUUGGCCUCAGAAACUUCAGGUACCUCGACACCAUUAAAGAAGCUGUGGAGAGAGAGUGCCCUGGAGUUGUUUCUUGCGCAGAUAUUCUUGUGUUGUCUGCUAGAGAUGGCAUUGUUGCGCUCGGAGGCCCUCAAAUCCCUCUGAAGACUGGAAGAAGAGAUGGCAGGAAGAGCCGAGCGGAAGUGCUUGAGGAAUACCUCCCAGACCACAAUGAAAGCAUGUCUGUUGUCCUCGACAGGUUUAAGGCCAUUGGAAUCGACACUCCUGGAGUUGUUGCUUUGCUAGGUGCUCACAGUGUGGGCAGAACCCACUGUGUGAAGCUGGUGCACCGUUUGUACCCAGAAGUGGACCCUGUGCUCAACCCUGACCAUGUUGAGCACAUGCUGUACAAGUGCCCUGACCCGAUCCCGGACCCGAAGGCCGUGCAGUAUGUGAGGAAUGACCGGGGCACGCCCAUGAAGCUAGACAACAACUACUACAGGAACAUAUUGGACAGCAAGGGCUUGCUGAUAGUGGAUCACCAGCUAGCCACAGACAAGAGAACAAAGCCUUAUGUGAAGAAAAUGGCUAAGUCCCAGGACUACUUCUUCAAGGAGUUUUCAAGAGCCAUCACUAUUCUCUCUGAAAACAACCCUCUCACGGGGACCAAGGGUGAGAUCAGAAAGCAGUGCAAUGUUGCCAACAAGCACCACUAGAAGCUCUAAAGCCCAAAAUCAAAUCUUCUCUUCUUUGUUUCUAUCAGGAGAGAGUGGCAAAUAAGAUGGGUUUUCCUAAAUGGGUACUGCUUCAUAGUUGUGAGUGGCAUGAAGAUGGUGGUGAUGGCCAUGUUGGUGGCAUCUACUGUUUUCAUUUUAGGUUUCUUCUAGCUCUCCCUUUGUGAGGUUUUCAAGUUUAUGCUCAGUGAAGCUGGUGGUGGAUGGUGGGAUGGAUGUAUGAUGAUGGUGGUGGGGGUGGUGUGUAAAGCUUGAAUUUUAAUAAUAGUAGUUGUUCACGAUCCA